AUGCCGGCCAGCACAAAGGUGUUCGACAUCCUCGAACUGGUAGCACACAUCGCCGACCAUCUCAAUCAACACGACCUCGCAACUUGCUGUCUCGUCUCCCAUUCCUUCUUCGACACCUUUACCCCUCACCUCUGGCACUCAAUCACCUUCCAACGAUUCGACUCCGUCCCCAAAUUCCAGUCCCCCGAGGGGCAAGCAGGACUUCUCCGCAACGGACGCCAUAUCCGAGUCAUCAGAGCACACAGCCUCGAUGUUCUGGAACCGUUCCUGGGCUAUGGCAAGACAUGCACCAACCUUAUCUGUCUGGACUCUGAGCAAGGAGUUGUGUUGUCAGGUUGGCGAGAGUCACUUAGAGCUGGACAGAAGCAGGUCAAGGGCAAUCGUUUCCUGCAUCCUUUCAAGGAAAGGCCCUCCAUUGGUGUCAGACAUGCCAAUAAUAUCAAGGUGCUGCUGUCGAUCAUUCGUCGCAAUCCGGGCUUGCAGUCUUUGAUUCUCCCGGUGUUUUGUUUCGAGAGCGAGGAACUCGUCAAGGCCAUAUCGCAAACGCUCCUAGAGCUGAGGGAACUAUUUAACACCAAUACGACGGCAUCGACGACUGGAGCCCUUCAGUUGUCGGAACUCAAAGAUGUCACAGGUUCGAUUCUCUCGACGAUGAUGUUCCGUUCGACGCCACUCCUCCAAAAGUACCCCAGACUGGCGGAGCUUGAGCGCGACAAGUUCUCGGGAAUCAACCAGGAAGCAAUCCAGGAUAUCAGGACAACAAGCGAGCGUCUGCCGUACAUUCAGAUCCGCAGUGGCGACUCGUAUGGGAUCAACCUUAUGUUGAAUGCGGCAUCGGGGUUGAAGGGAAUCCAUCUUCUUUUGGGCGACGAGGAGGAAGGCAAUUACGACAUUGGUGAUAUCAACCAGGAGGCGUUUCUGAAGCAUGCGCCGACGUUGGAGUGUUUGGAUGUUCUUGGAUACGACUUCGAUGCGCAGAUCUUGAACGCCAUCCUGCGCUCCAGUCCGAAUCUGGAGAUUGUCAGGGCCAUUGGGGAAAACUAUGAAGGCUACAAUUCACCCACGGCAGAGGUGAAACUCGACGCAUCCAAGGACUUUUUCUCCCUUGGGCUAGCAGUUCGCUGGAGGUAUUUGAAUGCUCGAUUGGUGGCGUUCCUCGGCCGGAUGUUAGCCUUGCUGAUUAUCGACGACACUGACGACGGCAUUCGCAAUAGGGACAUCUUUGCCGUUCAGGAUACCGACCAAGACCCACCACCGGCGGUAUCAGUACAGGAGCUAUCGCCAGCCCAGUUAGAGAGUUAUGCAGUCCAGAGGCAAGUCCUGGCGCAACUAGGCAGAUUAACCUACCUGCGCGAGUUGCGCUUUGGUGCUCCCAAUGUGUAUGACCCCGAAUGUUUGCUGUUGAGGAUGAGGGGGAUGCAGAUGAUGGUGAUUGACGAGUGUAUGCAGACGGGAUGCUUAGUGUUUUCACUUGAUAGUGGACUUGAGGAGUCGGCCGGGUUCAAGGAGUUGGAGGUGUUCGAUGUGAAUCCUUUGGCGCAUCGGAUUGGCGUACCUGAGGUGCAGUGGAUGGUUGCCCAUUGGCCCAAGCUGAAGGCGAUUCGUGGUCCAAAGUACAUAGAAUAUAUUCAUGAGUUCGGAGGAAGGAUUCCAGGUAUUGGAGUUAUGAAGAGUGAGAUGGAUGCGAGAACAUAG